UACAAUAUACAGCCUACCAUUACAUUCUUCGUCCUCUCUUCUCUCUUCUCUCUUCUCUCUUCUCUCUCUCUUGUUCAAUUCAACAAAACUCUCUGCUGUUCCUGUUCUUGUUCUUCGUCUUCUGUGACACACCAAUAAACCAUCACCAUCACUCUACGCAUUCGCGGACGCCAAAUAAGAAGCAUCUUUCCCUUGUUUCUUCAAACAUUGCAAUGCAGACUAGGACGGUUCAAGUGAAGCAACUCUCAGAUCUAGCCGGUGAGAGAGAGAUUCACGAGUUCUUCUCUUUCUCCGGAGAAAUUGAGCACAUUGAGAUCUUGAGUGAACAUGGGAAAUCAAAGACUGCAUUUGUGACAUUUAAAGACCCCAAAGCACUUGAAAUUGCAUUAUUGUUAUCAGGAGCAACAAUAGUAGACCAGAUUGUGAGUAUAACACCAGCUGAGAACUAUGUACUGAAUUCUGAGUUGCAGGAAGUACAAAAGGUGGAAAAUGCUGUAAGUGUAGCACCAUCCGGAGAUGUUAUGCUGAAUAGCGAGGAGGGGAAAACCAGCCCCACUAAUGGAAGAAUGUACCUUAAUAGAGCACAGGAUGUAGUUACGAAUAUGCUGGCAAAAGGUUCAGCAAUCAGACAAGAUGCCGUUAAUAAAGCUAAAGCAUUUGACGAAAAGCAUCAGUUAACUGCUAAUGCAUCGGCAAAGGUCAUUUCCUUUGACAAGAGAGUUGGACUCACAGAAAAGUUGACAGUUGGCAUUUCUGCAGUGAAUGAGAAAGUGAAGAGCGUGGAUCAGAAGCUUCAUGUUUCCGAUAAAACGAUGGCAGCGAUAUUCGCAGCUGAGAGGAAGUUGAAUGAUACAGGAUCAGCUGUCAAAACUAGCAGGUAUGUGACUGCCGGAACGGCAUGGUUAAAUGGUGCUUUUAGCAAGGUGGCGAAAGCCGGACAUGUUGCCAGUACUAAAACAAGAGAAAAGUUUCAUUUCGCUGUUUCAAACUUGACUGCUAAGGAACCUUCCGUGGCUGCUUAGGCCACAAUUUUUGGUAAAUCACGUUGACUUCAUCAAAUCCUUUAUGAAGAUCUCUUUCAGACUUUAAAGCAUGUUGUGUGGUCAACAAGGUGUUUUUUUUCAUUCACUCUUUCAAGUUGUCCUUCAGCUCUUAGAUGCAUGGGCAAGUAUGGUGAUUCAAUUUAAUCCUAUUAUUUUUUUGUAUUCUUUUGUCACUCUGGUAUUUUUAGCUGUUGCUUCUUUGUAAUUUAGCGUUGGUGAUUUUUGGGUUUGUUUUCUCAUUUCUUUUUGUCCUUUUUUUCUUUAUUUUUUUUUUUUUUGUGAAAGGAAAAAUAGUUAUAGGUGUGAAUUGUGAUGCUAUUGUAUUUCGUUAUUCAAAGUUAUUUUUGAGGGGGAAAAAAUAGUUGUGCCUGUAUUCAUGUAAGAAGACCUAUAUCUUGUUCUUCUUCUCCAUUCAAGGAUUUCUGUGAGAAAUAA